UAAUGGCAGAAUGUUGGAACACAGAUACCGGAGAAGCUGUGUAUCGAUCCCGGGAUGCUGUCAAAAACUUGAGAAUAAAGGUGCAUAUACAGAGGGUGACCUCCACAGCAGCCCUCUCCCAGCACCUCCAGCAGGAAGUUCUGUCCCAGCAAGACAGAGGAGCCAUUGAACUGGAAACCCUCACCUCACAAGGCCAGACAGGUAAUAAUGAGGAGGAACUGGUGGUGGGCUGGCAGGAGAAACUCUUCAGUCAGUAUGAGAUGGAGUUGUUCCAGAAUGAGUCAGCAUGUCAGACCCCACUGGACCGGCAGUACCACACAGAAGUCAAGGCCCUGAACAGGGCAAAGGGCAAACGAAAUCACAGGAUUUUUACAUAUACUGAUCAUGACCGCUACACCAACUGUCUUCCACUCCACCAACUGCAGCACUCCACUGACUUAUUGACCACAACCAAAUCCAGCCCCACCUUCCUGGCUGUAAGGAUGGCCAGCAUAAGACACAGGCGGCAGGACAGACGCACCAUGGACUGUAAUAUCCCAAAGUCAAAAAUCAUCAACUGGGAGCCCACAGAGGAGUUUGUGAAAAGCAGUCAUGUGGUGAAUAAUGCUAUGCAGACCAUGCACAUCAUGGCAGACCUGGGCUCCCCUGGAAGGCUGGGCCAGAAGGAAAAUGAAUGUUUGCUGGUAACCAUAACAUCAGAUGGCAGUGGAACAGUUGUUGUAAAACCUGACUUCAACAAAGGCAAAGAGCCUUACAGGAUUUUAACAGAGGGGGAAAAGAGAGAAGUUUGGCGUCUUACCCUGGAGAAUGUAUCCACGUCCAUGAAAACAGAGGAAAAGGACAGGGAGCAGAACAUGUACAAAGAUCUGUAUGUAAGGCACAAGGAAUACCUUAAUAGCCUCGUUGGACAAGACUUUGAAAUGCCUCCUGUGGGUAUUCUGCGUUACCUGAUGAAUGGAGAGAUAGUCUCAGCUAAAGGUUUUGAAUAUGAUAACUUAUACAUCCACUUCUUCAUGGAGCUGCCCAACAAUUGGUCCAGCUUGCCAUUCCAGUCUCUCUCAGGGGUUACCCAGACCUGCCGAACCAAAACAUUAGGGAAGGAAAACGUAGCUUUCUUCAGUUACCCCUUCAACUUUGAGGCUUUCUACAUGUGCGAAAAAGAGAGUGAGGAAUCAGUUCCCCAGUGGCCAGUGCUCUACUUCAAGGUUCUUUCCCUGGACACCUGGCAACGCUAUCGAACUGAAGGCUAUGGCUAUCUGCUUUUUCCUGCCAUACCUGGUAAACAUAUAAUAACAUGUAAUACGUGGAGACCUCUUCAGACGGGGACAGUGUCUGCACUAAGACGCUUCUUUAUUGGAGGUUCUCCAGAGCUUGAAGACCAAAGCUACGUUCGAAUUCCAGGGACGUUCAAGGGAGACAGACUGAGCCGCUUUGGCUUUUGCACUGAAACCACAGGAAGUGUCACCUUUAAUCUGCACUGCAUCCAGCAAGCCAGGUCGUUUGUUGAUGCCACCAUGUUGAAGAAAAGGAGGCAGAAAGUUUUUGACCAGUUGGGAGGAUUUAGUCAACAAGGAGCUGUCUGCACCAUCCUUGAGGCCUUCCAGAGGGCCAGGAGGAAGAUGCAAGAAGCCAGAGAAAGUCUUCCCAGAGAUCUAAUCAACACCACAUCCCAACUCAAAAUUGAAUCCUCUGCAUAGGUGUGAAAAACAUUGUUGGACUGCUUAUCAAAUGUUUUAAGUGCCUGAAUGGCAUAGACAUACUAAUGUGAUCUUUAGAAUCGAGGUGAGAUUAGCUGCAAGUAAGAAUUGCCAUUUCAAAUAUUGCACCAAUUUUUAAGUUUCCUGAUAAUGUAGGGCGGUGAUGUGUUGUAACAAGUCUGAGAAAAGAAAAUAUUGUACGAUUGCUAUUUAUUCUUUGUAAAAACUAACAUGUCAGGAGGGGUAAAAAUUGGGGUACAAUAUGGAUUUACAUGGUUAUGAUAUGGUGAAGGAGCAAAGUAUGGUGUGAUCACAAACUUUAUUUCAAACAUGUAACAAGUAUUACAAUUGUGUAAUAUAGAUUUUUUUAUAUCAACUGUUAUUGUGUAUUUUUGCCCUUAUGAUUAUAGCUGCUGUCAUUCAGGUUUUGCACAAACUUAUGCUUGGACUAUAUGUUUUUAUAUAAGGUAGUUAAAUUCCAUAUAAGUUUUGUGCACGUAUACUACUGUGGCAUGAAUGGCAUUGGAAGUAAGUAAGGGCUAUUGUGGGUCAAAAGGUUUCUGCUCUGUUCUCAAUAAUUGUGAGUAUUUGAUGUUGUAUGGAGCAUCAUUCAAGUUUUCUGCUGUUUAGAGUCAAAUACUACCAGAACAGUCAACAUCUUCUUUGCUCAGUCUACUGUUCAAUACAAAAGCUACAACUCAAACGGAAAAGAACAGCAGAUUGACAUUUAGAACACAUACUUUUCAAAGGAUUAACUAGCUGCAAGUGUCACAUGUUGCAGUUCUGACAUGUUCGUGUAACACAAAAGACAUUGUAUGCACAAAAUGUACU